CUCAUUCUCCCUCUCUCCAGGGGCUGUGUCAUCCAGCAGCCCACCGACCCUCCAGGUAGAGAUGGGGGGUUCUCAGAGCGUGGAAAUCCCGGGCGGAGGAUCUGAAGGAUACCACGUCCUCAGAGUCCAAGAGAAUUCCCCUGGCCACCGCGCUGGAUUGGAGCCGUUCUUUGACUUCAUCGUCUCCAUGUCAGACACCCGACUGAACAAAGACAACGACACGCUGAAGGAGCUGCUGAAGGGCAGCGUGGAGCGGCCCCUCAAGAUGCUGGUGUACAGCAGCAAGACCCUGGACGUCAGGGAGGCCUCCGUCACCCCCAGCACCCUGUGGGGGGGGCAGGGCCUGCUGGGGGUCAGCAUCCGCUUCUGCACCUUCGACGGCGCCAACGAGAACGUCUGGCACGUGCUGGAGGUGGAGGCCAAAUCUCCGGCGGCUCUGGCGGGCCUGAGACCCCACUCGGACUACAUCAUCGGGGCCGACUCGGUCAUGAACGAGAGCGAGGAUCUGUUCUCGCUCAUCGAGGCGUACGACGGGAAGGGGCUGAAGCUGUACGUGUACAACACCGACACAGACAGCUGCCGCGAGGUGGUGAUCACCCCCAACUGCGACUGGGGCGGGGAGGGCAGCAUCGGCUGUGGGAUCGGCUACGGCUACCUGCACCGGAUACCCACGCUGCCUUUCUCCGAGGGCAAGAAGAUCAGCUUCCCUGCCCCGACGGCCAGCGGAGCGGCGGCACCACCUAAGGAUGGCUUCACAGAGGUUCACCUGUCGGCCGUGAGUGUCACGGCCUCACCUGAUGCGUCUCCGUCUGUGGGUGGGGUCACCGUCAGCUCCGCCCAGCCGCCCGCCCUCAGCGCCUUCCAGACAGGUUUAAUGCCUUUACCCGGACGCCUCCCUCCCCUCCCUCCCCUCCCUCCCCUCCCACCCCUCCCCAACCUCAACAUCACCUUGCCGGAGUUGAGCAGGCUCUCGCUACAUGGCGUCGGCGGGCUUCCCCCUGCAGGUCUCCCCCCGCUGGCUCCGCUCAACCUGCCCCCUCUGGUCCCGGGGGCGACCCCCCCCCUGUCGGAACGGGUCCUUCCGGGCGCCGGGGCCCCGCCUCCGACGUCCGGCGUUCAGGACCCCGUCGCCAUGGCGACCCCACCGCUGUCCUACCCCUUGGUCCACGGCUUCCCCCAUCAGUACAGCGCGCCGUCGUCAGGGGCGACGCCUCACCCGGGAAACGUCACCGUGUCGUCGUAAUGGACGCUCAGUUUACAACACCGAUCAAUACACUAAUCCCCCCCCCCCUCCAAACACACGGUUUCGCCGGUCGUCGUAAAAAAUGUGUUCAAGCGUGGGGCGCCUGGUUAUUUAGAUAUUUAUAAUGAGCCGAACCCUUUGGCUUUCUUCCCACUGGUCUCAGUAAUCAUUUAGUGAGGAUGGCUGGACUGAAGAUUAAAGUAUAAGGUUUGAGGAUUAUGGGAUAGCAUGCCGGAAUGCAAGGUUACCGCAUAACACUCGAACCGGAGUCCAUUUCAUUCCUGGCCCCUUGUGAACGUGCUCGUCACGUUACCGCAACCCAGCCAAGUAUUUUAAAAAAGAAACUAUUUAUGGUGAUUAAGUGCCAGAAUUCUUCAGGAGACGUUAAAGGUUUAUAUUUACUUUGCUGUAUAUCAUGUUUAGCUCGGGGAUCUUGUAUAGCGGUUCACUUCAUUAAGUGGUUUUCCUCAUAAUUCUUGUUGAGCCAAGUGUUCCUGGACAGGAUGGGGAAUUUUUCUCAAGUACACGACACUUGACUCAAGCAGGCUGCUGUCCGUGCCUUUAUACACGAUUAGGCUACAACUAUUGAAAGUAAACCGCAGUACCGCUCGGACACCACACGAUGGCAGCAGAAGCUCAGGAGUGACGGCAGGACCCCGCAGUUGACUAUGAAUGACGAUGAUUGUAUUGCAGUGAUCGAUAAUAAAGCAGUUGUGCUUGA